UACAUCUCCAAAAUAGCCACUUGUCUAGAUGAUUGGAUCAGUUUAGUGCUGCAAAAUGAUGUCAAGCAUCUAAAGAUUAGAUUUUCAAACUUGACAUACCAUGUGCCGCCGGAUAUCUUUUGCGGAACAUGCUUUCUCACGGUGCAUUUGGAAGAUUGUUAUUUUACCGGAGACCCAUCAUUUUGCACCCGUGAUUCAUCCUUUAAUUGCCUCACAGAGUUGGUUUUAGUGAAUGUUGAAACUAGUAGUUGUAUUGUUCAUAAGAUCCUAUCUGACUCCCCCUUGCUUGAGAAAGUUGUUCUCAGAAAUCUUACCAUAAUGAACUCCCUUAUGGUUUGCAACCUUCCCAGGCUUAGUUAUGUUGAAGUAGUUGAGCAAGCACUUGAGCACAGGAUUGAGAUUAGAGCACCAAAUCUUACAGUUGGAUGGAUCAAUUGAAGGGUUUUUUUCUGAUCGUUUCACUGGGGGUGGCAACUUUGAAUAAAAAAAAAAAUUGUUUUUGAACAUGCCAUGUUGGAGACUUUGAAGCUGUGCUCCAACUCAUGUUCUAAGAUAAAGGUUGCUUGUUCUAAUCUUAGAACCAUGUCCUUGUCAAACAAGGAUUCUGCAUAUCCACUUCAUGUUGGAGUUGAUGCCCCAAAACUUGAACAGCUUGAUUAUGAAGGUUCUGUUAUUCCAUCUUUCCAUGGUGUGACAUCUCUUCUGAAGCCAACAGUCACACUGAAGCUAUGUCUUGGAGGUUGCCCUGGUUUGGAUGUUGCAACCAGGAGUUGCAUUGAGAUGUUCAACCAACCAACAGUGCAUUUAACUUAUUUUUAUAGAGGGUUUUUCAGAGCACAGAAGAUUCUAUGGCCAGGACAAGUACAGAAAAUGGAGCUUACUUCUCCACCACCUAAAGUAAAAUGUCUUACAUGGUCUCUCAAAUUCUCAACACCAUCAUAUGCUUACCAACUCCUUUUAGAUGGUUCGCUUUGCACCUGUCAUCCCAGUGUUCUACGUGUAAAAGCGCUUGUGGUCACCUAUAUAUGUAUUUUGUGUCAUAUACAGAGUUAUGCAGAAGGAUUUUUUUGCCUUUUAUUGUUUCAGAAUGAAGGUUAAUAUAAUGUUUAAAACUAGAGGGGAGGUGAAUACAGAAAGAAAACAAUUGUAGUUAGCUUUUGAUGUUCUGAAUUUGCAGUUCCUGUGUCAUGAAUUACUCAAUAGAGAAGAAAAUCCAUCCUGCUGUAAAGAUGAACCUGAGUUCAGAUGCUGGAGACAUUACUUAAAGAGUGUUGAUAUUCAGAUUCAAAGCCAGUCUGAAACUGAAAAGCCAGAGACAUUCAGAGGCAAAGCUUUGAAGAAAACAUUGAACCAUAUUAGCACAUCAGAGGAGGUUCAGUUUAACAUGAACUGGUCGCGUGAUUUAGUAUGAGAUCAUCCCUUUUUCUUUUUGUUAUUGUGCGGGAUGUCUUCAAACUUUCUUCAUUCAGCAAGGAGAUUAAUGUCAUUAGACAGUUAGCAAUCUGGAAAUAAAAAUUCUACUUCUCCAAAAUGGCUACACUUUACAAAGUAAAGCAGGAUAUCCUAAUUAUUGAUUAGUAAAAUGG